AUGGAAGAAUAAAGCUUGGAAGCCAAUUUAGAAUAGCAUAUAUAGCAUAUAAUAGAUUUAUAUUAAGAUUCCUUAGAUUAAAAUACAAUUAAUUGUAUUAAUCUAUAUGAAGCAUAUCCAUAAUUAAGUUAAGUUAACUUUAUUCAUCAAAUGGAUGCAUCAUUAUUUCUUAUCUAAGGCAAAGAAGGAAUUUUGUGGAUUUUAAAUGCUACAGACAUGAACUUCCAAAAAUUUGAUAUUGUUAAAAAAAAUUUAUGUGAAAAUACUGAAAUAGUAAGAGAGCAUAAUUUUAUCAUAUUGAACUAUUAAAGCUUAAUAUACUUCAUUUAGUUAAAGAUUGAAAAUUAGAAUUUAGAACUAGAGCUUGUUGAUAUUUAUGAAGUUGACUCCAGAGAUAAUAUACAAAUUAAAAAAAUACUCUUCAACCGCUUUUAUGAUAAAGAGUUUUAUGUGCUGUAAAUAUUCGUUUUGACGAAAUAAAAUCAAGUAAUCCAAAUCAACAAAGGAUACUGUGAGUAUGAAGAGAGAAUAAUUAUUGAUUUAGAAAAAAGUGAAAAGUAAAUAACUGAUUUAGCUUUGUUAAAUGGGAAGCUGUAUUUACUUUUUAAUGAUUAGUAUAUUGUCGUUUCUUAAGAAAAUACUGAAUAUUUUGAAUUUGAUGAUGAUUUUUAAUAGUUUAUCAAUUUUCAAAUUAACAAUGAAGACAAAUUAGCAUUUUUAGGUCACAAUAAAAUUAGUUUUGAAGGAAUAGAAUACCUUUUUGAUAAUGCUGAAAUUUUAGAUUUUAAAGGUGAAAUUGAUAAUAAAAACUCAAAAAACUUUUUAAUUCAAUUAAAUAGAAGAAUAAAUUAUGUUUCUUUUGAUUUCGAAGCAAACAAGUUAAACAAAAUUUUGGAUCUGAGUGAGCUUCAGCUCAGUUAUGAUAUCAAAAGUAUAUUUGAAAUAAACAAUUCUUCUAGAAUGUUUCUAGUUGUGAAUAAAAUGAACGAUAUAUUUUUAAUGUCUAAAUUUAAAUUUUAUAAUUACAUGCUAAGUUCAGUUAGCAACAAGAUAAAUUACAUUUAAUUUUAUGAAUAAUAUGCAACAAUAAUGAAUAAAAAACUGUCACUAAAAAAUCUUAAACGCCCUUAUAGAAUUAAAAUAGAUUAAAAAAAUAAUACAUACGAAUCAAAUUCUAACUUAGAUUUAAAAGAAUCUUAUGAAAAUAAUUAAGGGUCUGAUUCAGUUGAUUUAGGAGAAAAAUAAAAUAAAAUGAAUUAUAAUUUGUAAAACGAUUAAACAUAACAAAAUAGAAUUUAAUUUGAUAAAGAUUAAUUUGAAGAUUUAAAUAACAGCUACAAUUCCGAUGAAGUAUUAUUGGACAUGGAUACUCAAUAACUAAUAUAAUAAAUCAAGGAAUGUGAAGAUUAAAAAAAAAGAAGAGAUUAAAAAAUAGAAGAAUCAGAUGACUAAAAUGAUGAAUAAAGCGAUUAUAAAAAAUAUGAAAAAAUUCAAAGUGCGAUUGAUAAAUUUCAAUAAAUAAAAAGUAAUAAAUAAGUAAUUGUUGAUAUCUUAAAGGAAGGAGUUUAUUAGACUUAAAUGCAGUAUAGCAAAUAUUUAUACAAUGGAAAAUAAGUAAAUAAGUAAUAAGAGAUUUGCUAGAUAUGCAAAAAACUAAUUUGUGUUUCAAAUGAUGAUAAUUCUAAGCAACCUUAGUAAUAAAGAAACAAAGUAGAAGGCAAAAUAUUUUUCAUUCUAUGCAGGCAUUCAUUCCACAAACAUUGCAUUCUCUUCUCUCCAACAUACUCUCAAAACUUUAAAUUUAAUUAGUGCCCCGUAUGUGCAAACUAUGAAUGUCUAUAAGAUUUACCUGCUCAUUCUUUUUUUUGA